AGCGAUCUCUAGGAGGGCGCUCGAAGUCGAUUGGCGCGCGCUGCAACAUGGUGCAUGCUACGGCCCUCAUCGUGUUCGCCGCGAGCGUCGGCCGGCUCAACGCCCUCGUCGCCAGCGUCGGCGGCCACGCGGCGCACGGGGCCGCGCGCCCGAGCUGGGCUAGGGGCGGGCCUCUCAAGGCGCUCGCGAGCCGCGAAGAAACCGCGGCGCCCGCGCGCCCCGCCGCGGACCCCGGCGCCGACGAGGCGUCGCUCUUCGAAGGCUUCGUCGGCGCCUGCGAGGCCGCCGUCGGCGACAAGCGGCUCAUCGACGAAGUCGUCGCGAGCUUCGCCUACAGCGGCGCUUUACAGUUUGAGCACGAGACGACGACGCGCUACGACGGCCAGGGCGCCGUGAAGCGGGGCCUGAGCCGCCUCUUCUUCGAGGGCGACGCCGCGGGCUUCGACUGGUCGGGCGUGACCACGCUCGUCGGCGAGGACCGCACCGUGUCCGCGCGGCUCACGGCCAAGGCCGAGUCCGGCGCCGUCGCCGCGGAGCUGGACGUGGCGGCGGCCUUCGACGGCGCCGGCGGCGUCGCGAGCCUCUUCGUGUCGCCCCUGGACGCGCCGUCGCGGGCCUGGCUCGCGCGGACCGUCGAGGGCGUGCAGGUCGGGCAGGACGGCGGCCCGAAGUGGGAGACCUACGACGGCCGCGUGCGCCAGCAGAUCUGGCAGUCGCCGGACUGCUUCGCGCCGGGGAACCCCUUCCUCGCGGAGAAGCUGGAGCUGACGACGGGGCGCCUCGUCACCAUCGUCGACGAGACGGUCUGGGGCCUCUACAAGGAGAAGAUGGAGGCGUGGGCCGCGUCCGUGGAUUUGGUCCUCGACCCCAUCAUCGCGCCGGGCAACGAGGACGAGAAGUCCAUGGAGAACAUGAUCUUCAUGCUGGACGAGAUCGCCCGCGUCGACCCGCUGCGGCGCGCGGAGCCCAUCCUCGCCGUCGGCGGGGGCGUGCUCACGGACACGGCCGGGUUCGCGUGCGCGCUGUGGCGCCGCGGCGUGCCCUGGGCGCGCAUGCCGACGACGCUGCUGGGCAUGGUCGACGCGUCCGUGGGCAUCAAGGUCGCGGUGAACUACAAGCGCAAGAACGGCGUCGGCCACUUCUUCUCGCCGAGCCACACGUUCGUCGACACGUCGUUUCUUCCCACUGUCAGCUACCCCGACGUCAUCUCGGGCUGCGGCGAGAUCAUGAAGGCGGCGCUGGUCCACGACGGCACGCUCUUCGACCUCAUGGAGGCCCACGGCGCGCGCCUCAUCGACAAGAAGUUCGUCGACGACCCCGUGGCCGACGACGUCAUCAAGCGGAGCGUGGACACGAUGCUCGAGUGCAUCGGCCCGGACCUCUGGGAGGAGAGCCUCCUGCGCCCCAUGGACUUUGGCCACUCCUUCUCGCGCACGCUCGAGACGACGGAGGCCUUCAAGCUCCGCCACGGCGAGGCCGUCGCCAUCGACUGCAUCAUGAACACGAUGAUCGCGAACGACAAGGGCCUGCUGAGCGACGCGGACACGGACCGCGUGCUGGACCUCUACGCCGCGCUGGGCCUGCCCUGCUCCAUCGAGGGCAUCACGGCGGAGACCUACAAGCGCGCGGCCCGCGAGAUCACGGUGCACCGCGACGGCAUCCUCCGCGCGCCGCUCCCCAACGGCAUCGGCGAGUGCGCCUACACGGACGAGAUGACCGACGACGAGAUCGAGCGCGCCUUCGCCAAGCUGAGCGAGUUCAUCGACGCCCACCCGGAGACCAAGUGGGACCCGUCCAAGUCCUUCGCCGCGGACCGCGAGUCGUGAGCCCGCGCCGCUGCGGCCGGCUGCACAAAGAAAUAGUUGAUACCCCCUUCCCGCGGCUGCAGCGGCUGGACACCACGCCCCCCCUCUCCUUCGAACGACGCAGGACCUCCGCGCGCGGCGACUCGGCGACCACCGGCCCGCUUGUCAGAGCGGCCCGCCGACCCCAGUCGCUCCGCCAUAAAUUCAUCCCUGUG